AAACCUUUAUUCCGAUUCCAGGCAAUAUUCCCUCGGUUGAAAUCACCAACAUCAUUCGGUGUUGCUAAUAGUUCCUAAGUUAAACAUAUUUAUGUUUAUCUAGGGCACUAUGCGUCUCUGUGCAUGGUUAUUGCUGAUUAUAGCAGUACUAAGAGACUCCAAAGGUCAAGAUGAUUCUCUGCGUAGUGCUGUCGAAGCACUUGGUCAACGCCAAAGGGAACUAGACUACGAGGACAACGCUGAGUAUGGAUACACUCUGGAGCGCCCCGAAGACCUGGUGUUCCUCAAACCAUCCGGCUACGGGAGAGACAGGAACUACUACGAGCGCGCUCUCGGUUUGAACUACUUGGACGACGACGUGGAGGUGAGCAAGAGGAUAUCUUCGGCUUUCCGCGAACGCGUCGAAGAAGACAACCAGCGGCAGCAGCUGGAGGAGAUGGCCGAGAAUUUGAUCAACAACAUGGACAACAGAGGUAGCUACAACGUCGAAAGCGAAGACUACGACGACAUCGUCAAAGAAUUGUGGGACAAGUACAAAAGACCUAACAAAGUCUACGCGACGACGGUGAACAAACGAUGGAUGCUUCCCAGAUUCGGUCUGGACGGUGCCGGAUUGAAAAAACGAAAUUCGUACGGUGCACCGAGCGGUGAGUAUUACGACGACACUUACGCUUCCAACGACGACGUUUACGACGACGACGACGAAGAAUACCAAUAUUUGAAGAAGAGAUACGGCCAGAAUAAAUCCAACAAGGCCAGACGGUACUAUUCGAAAGCCUACUCCGGAGCUAAACGUUUCCCGGUAACCAAACGCAGCAGCGACAACGCGGAAAUUCACGAACGCAAGCGUUCUACAACCAAAAAACAAACCGACCCCAAAGUCGAGAAAGAACUCAGCAACAUCUUCGGAGGCGGCAAAUCCGAAGAAACCACCAUCACACCGGUUACUAAACCGCCUAACGCAACAAAACCGACCAUCAAAAUCGAUAACAUGAUGCUGAAAGCUCCGACCAACAAAAAACCGAGCUCGGUCAACAAAGAGGUAGCCGCGAUCAGCGCGAACCCUCCGGAGAAACCGCUCCAGAUCAAGAAGAAAUCAAUCGAUUGGUCCGAUUACUUCGGCUUGGACAGGCGCAAGAAAUCCUCCGAGCCCGACGACCUCGACAAGGAAUGGCUGAUCGAGAGAUACCACAAAUCGAUGAACAAGAAGCGGAGCGGCGACCAGCAAGGGUCGCCGUUCCGCGGGCGCGACGACCCGCGGAAGAAAUCGGCCGGCGGGGCGGAGAAGCCGCUCACCGACGAGCAGAAGAUCAACGACAUGGACUCCAAGCUGCGCGUGAUGGAGGACAAGAUCGUCGACGACGCGCUGAAGUUCACCGGGUCGCACGAGGGCGAGACGGACCCCAAGGAGGUGCAGGAGAUCAAGGACAAAGUCAUCUCGCGGCUCGCCGCCGCCUACAGCUUGGAGAAGAUGAGGACCGCUUUGGGGGAGUACAGGCUGGCUGUUGCCAAAGAGAGGGAGCGGCUGAAGAACAGGCGACCGGCGACUCCUGCGGGCGAUGAGGAUUAUUUGUUUUUGGAGGAGAAGCGGGCUUCUUUGCCGAGGAAACAUGUGGUGGAUAAAGACAGGGAGGAGAAUCCGGAGAGCGACAACAACAUCAAAUGUUCUGAUGAAGAUGAUGAUUGUCACGAGCAGAAUUAUAAAACUCCGAACGAGAUCAUCGAAAAUCACUAUGGAACGGAAGUAUGCCCGGCUAUUGUGAGAGUUUGCAGCGACGGUGCUGUGGUAGCUAGAGAAUACGGGCAGAUAUUCCGCACGGCUUGUCACGUGCACGAAAUGUGUUUGUUGUGUAGCAACAACAGCUGGUUUUCUCCGACGCGCCAGUGUCACUCCCUUUUCGCGGCGAAAGCUUUCGAUUUGUGCAAGGGCGAUCCUGAGUGUCAGAAGGUGGCCCAGCGUUCCCUUCGCUAUUUAAUCAAUGUAACCAGGUCCUUGCGCGCCGAGGACCCGUCUGCUAUUAACGACUGCGAGAGGUCCUGUCCAGAAACAGACGUAAUGCUAGAACCUGCAUCUAGAUAAAUUACUUGUCCAGAAAUAAUCGAUGUGUUUUGUAUCCAUGUGAUUUUGCAUCAGACUUCAAAGUACGUUUAAGUAGUCAAAUUGCAUACUAAAUCAUUUUAGCUACAGUGUAUCUCUAAAAGGUAAAACUAUAAUAUAAAUAUUUAAGGAGGGCCAAAAGUGCAAGCGGUAAGAAAUAUUUUUAGAGAUGUACGUUAGUGUUAAGUGCUGGUAUUUUCGGGGUACACUGUGUUGUAGAUUAGAUGUUUGGGUUUUUAUCGACUUAGGUUUUUCAAUUUUUAUAUGCUGAAACUUUUGACAAUAAAAUUAUAACCACUAUUUUGAAGGGGUUAACUUGCAAAGUGUCCCCUUCAAUUAACUUGUGUAUUGCAAAAUGUUAAUCAGUUGAAUUUUAACAAUUUUCUUGUGGGAAAAGCUACGGUUGUUAACGAGUUAGAAAUUGGAUGAGGUAACACAUUUAGUAUGUGACAGUUGACAAUAAUUGCAAAAAUGAAUGCUAGAGGUAAAAAUUGCAAAAGGGUGUAAAUUCGUGGUGUAAAAUUAUCUUUCGACAGGCAACUUUACAUAACAACUUUAAAGUACAUAUCAUACUUACACCGAUGUCUCUAUAAAACACACUAUACACCUGGGAAGGUGAUUUUAAUCGUGGAAUUACAUCGAAUACGAUUUACGCUAAUUUAAGGAAGUGAGAUGUGGUAAUUUGCACUAGUUAUCUUACUUCGAAAAGUCUCCUGCUUUUUGGUUUGAUUUAAAAUUACAUGGAAACUGAUAUUUUCCUGAAAAUGGCUGACAAAUAUUUGUCCUCCGGUUUGUAAUAUCGAGAUACUCUUAUUCGAUCCUUGUUGUAUCUGUCAGAUGUUAAAAAAUCGUUCAAGCUAUUAUCAUUGUAAUCUUGUAUGUACCUAUAGUUAAAUGUAGCUUCAAAAGAAGUAUUUGAAAUUGUU